UUCUUAGCAAAGGAUAUAAUUAUUUGUCGAUUCAAUUGGGUAAAAUUUGUUGAUGAAAAUAGCAAGAAAAUGAAUAUAGCUUUACAUCCUUUCUAGUUAUAAGCUAUGUUAUGUAUAAUAGUGUUAUCUUAGGAAUUGAGGAUGAGUGUUAGUUAUGUGAUGUGAUUUGAUUUGUGUGUGAAAAUGGUGAAAAUGAAGAAGCGUGAAGCAAGCAGCAGGAUCGAACGGUGCGAAAAGAACCAAUGAAUCUGAAAAGCGGGCCCCACAUCCCGCCGCGACAGGCACUUCCUUCCCCGAUCACUUCUUCGUCUUACACUGCCGGAUCGCCUCCUUCAAUAUCUAUUCUCAAAUUUAAUCACUUCCUUUUUUCUUUGUGCUCGGAAUCGAAACAAAAUAUCCUUUUUCCUUGACGGUUAUUCAUAAUUCCGCGAUCCACAUCUUCCCCAUACUCCACCCCUGAUUUUAUAAUUACCAUCACGUCCUACAAUUCUUUCUGAAUUCGUAAGGACUUUAAUUAUUCAUCCAUGUUUUUUCUUAGAUACAUUGAAUUUAUGAGGGAGGAUGCAAGCGGUGGGUAGAAUAAUUAGUCAGGGUGUGUACACGUUUUCGGGGCCGUUUCAUCCGUUCGGUGGCGCCGUUGAUAUUGUGGUGGUGGAACAGCAAGAUGGAACUUUCAAGUCCUCUCCUUGGUACGUUCGAUUUGGCAAAUUCCAAGGGGUUUUGAAGGCAAGGGAAAAGGUUGUUGAUAUCUGUGUCAAUGGGGUGCAAGCUGGUUUCCAAAUGCAUCUUGAUCAUAAAGGGGAAGCCUUUUUUCUCAGGGAAAUCGAUGCACAAGAAGAAGAAGCCAUUUUGAUGUUUCCUUCUUCUUCUGGCGAUGAUGCAGAUGAUCAGACUCGCUCUCACUCUCUCAGGUCCGAGAGUUUGAAUUAUGAUGCUGCUGCUGAGGUUGUGGGAAGGACUACUAGCUCUCGCCGCUCCCGGAUACUUGGCCUUGUGUUUGGGAGAAGGUCUUUGAAGAGGGAAGAUGGUGCGGGUGUUGGUGAUGGUGAUGGUGUUGGUGAUGGAAUUGGGAACAGGGUUGGUUCCUUGGAGCGCGCCGAGAUUGCGGCUAACUUGUUAGACAUCAAUUGGUCCACCAAUCCCUCCGCUGAACAAGGGCAAGAUGUUAUUGCUAACCCGUCUGGGGAUGGAGAGGUGGUUGUGGAGAAUGGCGAAUUGAAUGAGGAAGCUUGUUUUGGUGGCGAGUGUGACUUGAAUUGGAAGGAAAUUGUGUAUGACAUUGCAGAGUCUGAUGUGCAAGUUGCAUGUGUGGAGGUGGAGGUUGAAGCAUGCGUAGAAAAGGAAUUGAAUGGAGAAGAGGUUUCUAUUGAUGCGCCGGGUGAAAAUAGUAAUGAAUCAUCAUCAGAGACUUCCAAGUUGGGAGUGGAUUGUUCUAGUGAACAAGCUCAUGAGGUGAUGUACCUUGCUGGCCCAGAAUGUGAAGAAGUCCAUGUCCAUGUCCACGAUGAAGUCUUGCAUGGUGCAACUGUACUGCUAGCUGAGGAUACAGAAGCUGAGGAAGUUAUUGAGAAUGCUGAUCUUGAGUCUCAUUCUCGGAUUCAACAAACAGAUAGUUCAGAUUCUGAUGAUAUUAGGUACAAUGAGGUGGUUGUUGAAGAGCAACCAACAUCUCCAAAAUCUCAAACUGUCAAAAUGGGCCUAGGACAUUAUUCAAAUGAGAAAGUUGAGCCAAAUUGUAUUAUCAAACCUUCCAGUUACAGCAUCUUGGCUGACCAAGCCUUAGAUGACAAUAAUAUGAAGGACAAAGAUGUCUCUAGCACACUAUCAUCUCCUCUGGAUUCUGUUGAUGAUUCUUUACCUAGAAAAGCAUCAAGGAGAUCAUCAUCACCAAGUUCAGAGGACGAAAAUUUCCUUUUUAGUGGCCAUGACAAAAGUGUUAUCAAUGAUCGAUUCGAGAGAUCAUUCUCCCCUGAACAUGUAGAUAAAGAAGAUCAUGUUUCUUAUGGGAAUGACAGUGAAAAGUUAACAGCAAUAUCCAAUCCCAUAGACAUUCCUAUGAACAAAGCUGCUGGGGAGGAAGUUGUGCAGUUUUCGGGAUCCUUGCCAAAUAUUUCUUCUGGUAGUGACAUCAUGGUCGAACACAAUGUUCGAUAUCCUUUAUGUCAAUCACUGGACUCAAAAUCCACAUCCUUGCCAUGGGCAUUUCCUGGAAAAGAUGACUUGGAAUGUCUAAAAUCAGACGAAGACAAAGGAAACCAGUUAUCACAUGAAGGGCAAGGUGCCAAGGAUUACAAUGAUUCUGGGGAACUCAAAGGAGAUCCAUCAACACGCAACCCUUCCGCUGGUGGAAGUUGGAGAAUUUGGCCUUUCUCCUUGAGGAGAGAAGGAUCUAGAAAGUCUAUGUUGCCCCCUUCUCCAAGUGAUUCCAAAAACACUACUUUUGUUAAUUCUCCAGAGAAUACGAUUAGUACUGAUAUGAACAAAAAUGAGCUCAAACCCAAUUUAAUGAAAAAGAAGGUUAAGGAAAUGACUCCAACCUCUGAACAGCUAGCCUCGUUGAAUCUGAAGGAUGGGAUGAAUACUGUAACCUUCACUUUCUCUACAGCUGUGCUGGGGAAGCAGCAGGUUGAUUGUCGAAUAUAUUUAUGGAAAUGGAACGCUCGUAUAGUGAUCUCAGAUGUGGAUGGUACAAUUACAAGGUCAGAUGUUCUUGGUCAGUUCAUGCCUUUGGUUGGUAUUGACUGGUCACAGACAGGUGUUGCACAUUUAUUCUCCGCUAUCAAGGAAAAUGGUUAUCAACUGCUUUUUCUCAGUGCUCGUUCAAUUUCUCAGGCCUAUAUUACACGGCAAUUCUUACUAAACCUUAAACAGGAUGGAAAAGUUUUACCAGAUGGUCCUGUUGUUAUUUCCCCUGAUGGACUUUUUCCCUCUCUAUAUCGAGAAGUUAUUAGGAGGGUUCCUCAUGAAUUCAAAAUAGCAUGCUUAGAGGACAUCAAGGCACUUUUUCCUUCUGAUAGCAGUCCAUUCUAUGCUGGUUUUGGUAAUAGGGAUACGGAUGAAAUCAGCUACCUUAAGGUUGGAAUUCCCCUAGGAAAAAUUUUCAUUAUUAAUCCCAGGUUCGCAGGGAGAGGUGGUUAUAAACCGCCGUGUUGACGCAAAAUCAUAUACUUCUCUGCAUGCUCUUGUGAAUGGAAUGUUCCCCCCUACGAGCUCUUCUGAGCAGGAGGACUUUAAUUCAUGGAAUUUCUGGAAACUACCCCCUCCUGCCAUAGAUAUUUGAAAGGGUCCCAUGGAUUUUUAGGCUCAAUUAUGCAGCCUAGAUAUGAAUGGGCGCAGGCGGUGCUGCUCCAAAAAUUAUAUGGGUUAUGUAUCUGAGCCCAAUGAGAACCACCUGAUUCUGUUGAUGACUUGUACUGUGGAUUGAUUAAUCGGAACGCAUAACAUAAUUUGGUGGAUGGAAUUCGUAUGAAAGAGCAAGAUGGAACUUCUUUCCUGUUUGAUGCUGCGAGAUCAGAUCCAUUUUUGUCCUUGGUUAGUUAUAAUGUUAACCGGUGACCACUAAAGUCAUGGAAUCACACACACAUUUGAUAUCAUUUCUUGAUUAUAGAUAGAUUCGUGCACAGUUAAGUCCUUUUCAUUUGACUGCUAACUUGUAUAUGUAUGUAAUUGUGUACUUGAGUGAUGCCUCUUCAGUUUUAUUAUUCUACCAUAUAGAAAAGUUUAUGCUUGUUUUCAUUCGUCAUUUGUUCUUAUUGUAGAACAAUUGUAAAUGGACACUCCAACCUUUGACACCUCUUAUUUCUCUUUCUUUCUCUUGUUACAUUAUAUCACUUAUCACGUUAACUUCUA